AUGAGGUGCCUCGUGGUGUUCCUUGCCGUCCUCACGCUCUGCCAGGGCACUUUUGUCACUAGGAUCCCCCUGCACAAGGGGAAGACUAUGCGACAAGCUUUGAAGGAGAAUGGGCUUUUGGAGGAAUUUCUGAAGAAACACCAUUAUUCAAUCGGCAGGAAAUACUCCACGUUCAGUGAGGUGGCCAAUGAGCCCCUGACCAACUACUUGGAUUGUCAGUACUUUGGAAAGAUCACCAUCGGGACCCCACCCCAGGAGUUCACUGUGGUCUUUGAUACAGGCUCCUCUGACCUCUGGGUGCCCUCAGUCUACUGCAACAGCGAUGCCUGCCAAAACCACCAACGCUUUAACCCAUCCAAGUCCUCCACCUUCCAGAACAUGGGCCAGUCCCUGAGCAUCCAGUAUGGCACGGGCAGCAUGCAGGGCUUUCUGGGCUACGACACUGUCACCGUCUCUGACAUUGUGGACUCCCACCAGACUGUGGGUCUGAGCACCCAGGAGCCUGGUGAUGUCUUCACCUACUCUGAGUUUGAUGGAAUCCUGGGUCUGGCCUAUCCCUCUCUUGCCUCUGAGUACUCCGUGCCCGUGUUUGACAACAUGAUGAACAAACAGCUGGUGGCCCAGGACCUGUUUUCAGUUUACAUGAGUAGGAAUGGUCAGGGGAGCAUGCUCACACUAGGGGCUAUCGACUCAUCAUACUACACAGGAUCCCUGCACUGGGUGCCCGUGACCGUGCAAGAGUACUGGCAGUUCACUGUUGACAGCAUCACUGUUGAUGGCGUGGUAGUGGCCUGUGAUGGUGGCUGUCAGGCUAUCCUGGACACGGGUACCUCCCUGCUGGUUGGGCCUGGCAGUGACAUCCUCAACAUCCAGAAGGCCAUUGGAGCCACACAAGGCCAGUAUGGCGAGUAUGAUAUCAACUGCGGGAGCCUGAGCAGCAUGCCCACUGUUGUCUUUGAGAUCCAAGGCAGACAGUACCCUCUGCCACCUUCCGCCUACACCAACCAGGACCAGAGUUCCUGUACCAGUGGCUUCCAGGGGGACAAUGGCUCACAGCAAUGGAUCCUGGGGGAUGUCUUCAUCCGAGAGUUUUACAGUGUCUUCGACAGGGCUAACAACCGAGUGGGGCUGGCCAAGGCUAUCUGA